ACCUUGGAGAAAGGAGAAAGGAGAGAGAGAGACACAGAGAGAGAGAGCAGAGACGUCAGCAUACUGCCACAGAUCCAGCAGCACUGCAGAUCUCUCUGUGUGCUGCUAUUCUUCCUAUGAGGGUGAAAGACAGGAGGAGGAGUGGGAGUGAGUGAGAGAAGCGUCUGGCAGCCAUCCCAGUCCAACAGUAAUGCAGAGUAAAGGGGGAGAUAGCAGUCUUUUCACUGAGCCUCAGCACAGAAUCCAGCACUAACCACCAUCCUUUGUGUGAGGAACAGGAAGACACUGAAAUCCAGAGAGCCUAGACUAUCCUGGGCGGCCCGGGAGCCCUCCCUUUGUGAACCAGUGGGCGUGUGAUCUCACCGCUGAGAGGAGGGGCCCCCUUUCCCCUGUCUGGCCAAUCCUUGAGCUCGGUGACUAGGUCACGUGAGAAUCCCUCUUUCAGGUUGCCAUGACAAUGUGCACUGGUCCAGACAGCAUCUUACUGUGGUGAGAAGGGAAGAGAAGAGGAGGGAGGAUAGACAGCCGGCGGGAGAGCAAGAGAACAAACCCCAGACACCUAUGCUGUGCACCUUUCCUCUAAUGAGGAUGCCUGAGACGGGGAGAUAAAGACUUCACCGGAGCAGAGUGUGUGCUAGAGCCAGGGGCUGGGGCCUGACCAGAGACCCCCAGAGGCCCCCAACUGGGGGGAAGGUCCAUGGGGACUAUGGGGGACCUGGGAGGCUUCACCACCACAGGGGAGAGGGUGAACCCGGCCCACAUCUUGUUUGACCGUUUCGUCCAGGCCUCCACUUGCAAGGGCACGCUCAAGGCCUUCCAGGAGCUCUGUGACCAUCUGGAGCUCAAGCCCUGUGAGUACCGGGUCUUCUACCACAAGCUUAAGUCCCGUCUCAACUACUGGAAGGCCAAGGCACUCUGGGCUAAGCUAGACAAGCGGGCUGGCCAGAAGGAGUACAAGAAGGGACGUGCAUGUACCAACUCUAAGUGUUUGAUCAUCGGGGCAGGACCAUGUGGCCUGCGGACGGCCAUCGAGCUGGGCUUCCUGGGCGCCAAGGUGGUGCUUUUGGAGAAGAGGGAUGCCUUCUCCAGGAACAACGUGCUGCACCUGUGGCCCUUCACCAUCCAGGACCUUCGAGGACUCGGGGCCAAAAAGUUCUACGGAAAGUUCUGCGCCGGAGCCAUCGACCAUAUCAGUAUCCGGCAGCUCCAGCUGAUGCUGCUGAAGGUGGCCCUGCUCCUGGGCAUCGAGAUCCACGUCAACGCGGAGUUCAAGGGUCUCAUCGAGCCCCCCGAGGACCAGGAGAACGAGAGGAUAGGGUGGAGGGCUGAGGUCCUCCCCAGGACACACCCAGUCAACGAGUUGGAGUUUGAUGUCAUCAUCGGGGCAGAUGGGAGGAGAAACACGCUGGCAGGGUUCAGGAGGAAGGAGUUCCGGGGUAAGCUGGCCAUCGCCAUCACAGCCAACUUCAUCAACAGGAACACCACGGCCGAGGCCAAGGUGGAGGAGAUCAGCGGAGUGGCCUUCAUCUUCAACCAGAAGUUCUUCCAGGACCUCCGUGAAGCCACGGGAAUUGACCUGGAAAACAUCGUCUACUACAAGGAUGACACACACUACUUUGUCAUGACUGCCAAGAAACAGAGCCUGCUGGAGAAGGGAGUCAUACUGCAUGAUUAUGCGGACACAGAGAUGCUGCUUUCCAGGGCUAACGUGGACCAGGCAGCUCUGCUAUCUUACGCCUGCGAGGCCGCAGACUUCUCCACCAACCACCAGCUGCCCACGCUGGACUUUGCCAUCAACCACUAUGGCCAGCCCGACGUGGCCAUGUUCGACUUCACCUGCAUGUACGCCUCGGAGAACGCGGCGCUGGUACGCCAACGCAACGGGCGCCAGCUACUGGUGUCUCUGGUGGGGGACAGUCUACUGGAGCCCUUCUGGCCCAUGGGCACUGGUAUAGCCCGGGGUUUCCUGGCAGCCAUGGACUCAGGCUGGAUGGUGAAGAGCUGGGCCCAGGGAAACACAUCUCUGGAUGUGCUGGCUGAGAGGGAGAGCAUAUAUCGCUUGCUGCCUCAGACAACGCCAGAGAACAUCAAUAAGAAUUUCAGUCACUACAGUGUGGACCCCACCACGCGCUACCCUAAUAUUAGCCUCCACUUCCUCAGGCCCAACCAGGUACGACACCUCAUAGACACAGGGGAUUCAAGUAGGGAAAUGCUUAUCGAAAUGGAGAAUGUAGUCAACUCGUCAACACCCAAGCUCACCCGAAAUGAAUCCAUAGCUCGCUCCAGCAAGCUGCUUAACUGGUGUCAGAGGCAGACGGAGGGCUACAGAAAAGUCAGUGUGACCGAUCUCACCAUGUCCUGGAAGAGUGGCAUGGCCCUGUGUGCCCUCAUCCACCGCUACAGACCUGACCUCAUUGACUUUGACUCUCUGGAUGAGCGGGACCAGCAGAAGAACAAUCAGCUGGGCUUUGACGUGGCCGAGAGGGAGUUUGGCAUCUCACCUUGCAUGACGGGCAAGGAGAUGUCCCAGGUGUCGGAGCCUGACAAGCUCUCCAUGGUCAUGUACCUCAGCCAGUUCUACGAGAUGUUCAAGGACACAGUGCCCCCUGGGGCCGGAGGGGACCAGAACAUGAGCCCUGAGGAGAAAGCUGCGUUGAUCAACAGUACCAAGUCCCCCAUCUCCUUCCUCAGCAAGCUGGGCCAGAGCAUCGCUAUCUCACGGAAGCGUAACCCCAAGGACAAAAAGGAGAAGGAGGUGGAUGGUUUGGGGAAGAGGAGGAAGACCAGCCAGGCUGACCACUCUGAAGACGAAGAGGUUUUGAGGGGUAACCGUGACGACAGGCCAUCUAACAGUACUGCUCUGACAGAAAGGAAGAUGAAGGAAGAGUCAGCAGCUGUAGGGAACCACAACAAAGUCAAGUCCAUGGCCACCCAGCUCCUCGCCAAGUUUGAGGAGAACGCCCCCGCCGAAUCCAAGGGCCUCAAAAGACAGGGGGAUUCUCUGCCCAGUUUGGGUGUCGUCCUGGCGCUGCCCCCUCCCCCUGCCUCCCUGGGCCCCCCCAGGGAGCCUGUCCGCCUAGCUCCGGUCCCUGCAUGGAGACAGAAACGCACCCAGCAGCAGGAGCAGCUCAGCUUCCGCUAUAAGGAGAAGGUCAAGUGUCAGACCCUACCUAUCAGAGGGGAGCAGCCAAGAAGCGGUACAGAGUGGUGUUCGGGCUCACGGAGCUGCCCUAAGAGAACCAUUCUGCUUUCCUCCACCUCCUCGCUCUCUCUUCACUCACAGCACUGUGAUAGAGAAGGUUUGGAGGAGGAAGGGACCACACAGGACCAGACACCUCAGGCUCACCGGAAAUGGGAACCCGUGCAGCUUGAGAAGCCAGAGCCUAUUCACAUCCCUAGCAUUCAGGAGAGGUCUGCGUGGCUAGUUGCUAAGUUUAAGGGUAAACCCGAGAAACCAAAGCUUAAGAAAAAGCCUUCGCGUUUCUUUAUUGAACAGCGGCACCUGUCAGCCAGAACCCUCAGCCAGAACACACAAAGCCUCCUCUCCCCCCCUGAAGCUCUUGGACAGGAGAUAGAACCGCUGCGCUCUGAUGGCCAAAUGUCGCUACGUGUCCUUAGUGUACAGGAGAGGGCUGAGCAGCUAGCCUCGCAGUUUCAAGGCAAGCUGGCAAAUCCACAGAGAUAUUUAAAGAUGUACACAGGGGAAGUGAGCUUAUUGGCCGAGCAGAUAGCCAAUCAGCUUCAACCUCAAGAGGAACCUAAGCCCUUACUUGACAAGAGGGAAUUGGGUUCCCUGAGGAAGGAGUUCCCCCAGAACAUCGGGGGCAGUGACGUGUGCUUCUUCUGCCGGAAGCGUGUGUACGUGAUGGAGCGGCUGAGUGCCGAGGGCAAGUUCUUCCACCGUAGCUGCUUCAAGUGUGACUACUGCGGCACCACACUACGCCUUUCGUCCUACGCCUUCGAUGUGGAGGACGGGAAGUUUUACUGCAAGCCCCACUACUGUUACCGCUCGUCUGGUCAGGCUCAGAGGAAGAGGCCGGCACCGAUCCCUGCUCUGCUCAAUGCUAAGGACAACCAGGGGUCCUUGCCCGCGGCGGUCACCGUGGACUCCCCUGGGAGGGGGGCGAUGGCAUCCCCUUCCCCCACCGAGCGCCGGUCCUCAGUCCCGGAGGUGAACGGGCUGCAGGAGCCCAGCCUGGCUAAGCGUCUGCGGGGCACGCCGGAGCGCAUCGAGCUGGAGAACUACCGUCUGUCUCUGCAGCGGGAGGAGGACCUAGAGGAGGUGCCAGAGGAGACGCUGGCCGAACACAAUCUAAGCAGUGUGUUGGACAAGGACGCGCACGCAGACCUGGGCUCCAGCAGCUCUGAGUCUGACAUGGAGGAGGAGGACCAGGAGGAAGAGGAGCAACAUGAGGAGGAGCAGCAGGAGCCCCCCAGCCCCUCAGACCUGGGAGGAGUGCCCUGGAAGGAGGCUGUGGAGCUCCAUGCCAAGCUGAAGACUGACAGCGACCCAGGGGCUGAGGGAGAGGAUGGAGAGGGAGAGGACGAGACACAUGGUCACAUCGCUAGGGAUCUAGAAGUGGAGGAGGAAGAUGACGAAGAAGAGGAGGAGGACGAUGAUGCGGAAUCCACUGAUGAGGGGGAGUACUGCCCGUGGGAGCAGGAGCUCCAGUCAGGCAUAUGGCUGGAGAACCUCCAAGACGAAGAGGAUACCUGUAGAUUUAAAGCCAGAAACCUGCAGAUCCAGCAGGUGCUGCAGCCUGUGGAUCCGACGGGCAUUAAGAAUCUCAGACGAGUCUCCGUACUGUCAGAGGGGGACAAGGAGGAGCCUCCUGCCUCAGCCUCCCAGCCAUCCACCACGCUCACCCAGUCCCCCUUCACAGAGCCCUGUGAGGAUGAUGACCCGGAAGCAGAAGUGGGCAGCCGUGAUUUUGAGCCAGGCACCGAGAUGGACCAGGAGGACAUUCCCUCUGACGCAGAGGCUGAGGCUCGUCUGCACCAGUCAGAGCUCAGUGAUGCGCUUCCUGAAGAGGACAAGAAGUCGCAGAGUCAGGGGAUCGCCUAUAGCAUUGAACAAACUAGUGUCAGUCCGGUGAAGUUAGAUGGGGAAGUUGGGCUCUUGCCAGUCAAACCACCGACUCCACAGCCUGAUUUACAGAUGUCUCACACGUCUCCUCCCUACCUGGUCAAAUCACCCGGCAUGCACUUUUUCCCAGAUCCCUUUGCAUCGGAGAACGUCACAAUACCCCAGAGGACAGUUCACACUCCCAAUGCCAAGAGCCCCCAAUACGCUACCCCUGCCCCGUCCCCCAUUCACUCCCCUGUUCAGUCCCCUAUCCGCUCCCAGCCUAUCCCACUGCCUGAGACGGUCACCCCAAAAUCCCCUGUCACCUCUCCGCCCUGCUCCUGCCCCCCGACAGGGAACCCGCUGUCUCCCAUCUGUGCCCAGCCGCUGCCCUGCCACGAGCCCUCCUCACCCCUCAGCUCGGACUCCCCUGUCAGAACUCAGCCUGUCCCUGCCAUCACCUCCACGCCGCUGGCCAAACCAGCCUCCUCUGACAGGACUACCCCCGAGCCUCAAAAAUCUCUGGACCUCACAGACGAAACUCCAGUGAAGAAGACGGACAUCAUCGAGGAGUUCUGGCUGAAGAGUGCCGAGAUCAGGAAGAGCCUGGGUCUCACCCCACUGGACCGUAGCAGCAGCAGCAAAGCCCCAGAGAAGUGUCAUGUUACUGUGGGUAAGGUGCUCACUCCGGACUCCCCCUCGACCAAGUCCUACACCCCAGAGGAUCUCUCGGAGGAGCUUAGGCCUUCCCCUUCUCCCUUCACCGGUCGCUCGGUCAUUCGCAGGCUGAACAUUACGGUGGAGGGCCAGGUCAUCUCCCCUGCGGAGCCCAAGAGCAAUGGCUCAGAACGGAGGGACCUCAGCAGCAGCUCCGGCCUAGGCCUCAACGACAGCACGGCCACCAACCAGAACAGCCAGGCGGCCAGUGACAGCUACCACACUUCCGACUCCACCAUGCUCACCCCGCCUUCCAGCCCCCCGCCGCCCCCGCCCAACGAGGAGCCAGCUACUCUCAGGCAGCAGCAGAAGCACCAGGUGUCCUGGGACAAUGGGAUCGAUGGCCCCACUACACCUGAGCCAGCCAAGGCGGCCCCCACCAAGACAAACAGCCCUGUGCCUGCACCGAGGACCCAACUCAGCCCUGUGUCUAUGCCAGUAUCUGCGCCCAAGCCAGCCCCCAGGACAACACCGGUCACCUCACCGGUCACCUCGCCGGUCACAGCUCCGGUCACUCCAUUGGUGGUCAUGAGACGGGAGAAGAGCAGCAAACCACGUCGGGAGGAGGUGAGGAAGUCAUUCGUGGAGUGUGUGGCAGAGAUCCCAUUUGCGGACGAUGUGGAGGACACGUUCGACGAGCGGACGCCGGACACAACCAUGGACAGGUUCUACACUCCGCCCAGCAGCAAGCCCAACAGGGAAAGGGAGAAGCGUCCCCUGCACCUGGCCCUGGCCAUGGAAAACGGAAAGCCCAUUUUCCCUGUGAACCAGCAGGUUUCGAAGAGCCAGAAGGCCCAGCAGUUCUCCCCUGAGGCUAAGGAAAUAGCAGAAGAACGGAUGAGAGCCAGAGAGAAGUCCAUCAAGAGCCAAGCUCUGAAGGAAGCCAUGGCCAAGCAGCUCAACAAGAUGAGAGAGACGGACACGGCCAAGGGCGCCGCCGCCGCGGCUAAAGUGGUGUGGAACGUGGCCUCAUCAGAGACUUCCGGGAAAAGUACUAAGAAGUCAUCCGGUUCUCCAAAGACGUCUGCAGUGAAAUCUCUUGAGUCGAAGAAGGGUGAGACUCUACCAGAGCGUUUCUUUAGCAGUCAGGGUAACAAGAGUCUGGACAGCUCGACCGUCUCCUCCGACGGCUCCGCCUCGGGGGGCAAGAGCAAGAAGCGCAGCUCGCUUUUCUCACCGCGCAAGAACAAGAAGGAGAAGAAAGCCAAGAAUGAAAGCCAGCUCUCCGCCAAGCAUGGCACAGACGAGACGCCGUCGCCGCCCAAACACAAGUCCCUGUGGAAGGCGGUGUUCUCGGGGUACAAGAAAGACAAGAAGAAGAAUAAGGACGACAAGUCAUGUCCCAGCACGCCAUCCAGCUCCAACACCAACGACUCCGGGAAGAAGCGAUUGUCGCCUCUCGGCAGGUCGUCAGAUUUGAAGUCGCGCAGAAACCUGAGCUUCUCUGAGGACUCGGAUCUGUCAUGUGAUGAUGUGCUGGAGAGGUCUUCUCAGAAGUCUAGGACAGACUCUGUUUAUGUCCCUCACGCAUUGGCGUUCAAGAGAGCGUACGCCACCAAGAAAACCUACACAGAGGAGGAGCUCAAUGCCAAGCUGACACGUAGGGUACAGAAAGCUGCCCGGCGACAGGCCAAGCAGGAGGAGCUGAAGAGACUGCACAGAGCCCAGACCAUACAGAGGCAGCUGGAGCAGGUGGAGGAGAAGCAGAGACAGCUGGAGGAGAGGGGCGUGGCCGUGGAGAAAGCCCUGCGAGGGGAAGCAGGAUUGUAUAAAGGGACUUAUUGUACUAUACCAAAACAACACAAAAGACGAUCAGACUAUUGGGGAGAGUCUAAUUACAGUGAAAUCCUGGACUUGCAUCUGGGCGUUGAGCCUUUUGUCGGGACCCCUCGCCGAAGACCUAUCUCCUUCUGCCCCUGCUGUUCCCCUGAAGCGAAAGCCGGCAGCAGCACCCAAGAGCACAGCCAUUCGAUUUUUGUGUGUACUGUGUUUUUCCUUUUCGUUUUGCAAGAGACUCAACCACUCCAGCUAAGGAUGGGCAAAAAGGACGACCCCAAACUCAUGCAGGAGUGGUUCAAACUGGUCCAGGAGAAAAACGCCCUGGUGCGAUAUGAAUCUGAGCUGAUGAUAUUUGCACGAGAACUGGAGCUGGAGGAUCGUCAGAGUCGACUGCAGCAGGACCUGAGGGAGCGCAUGGCAAUUGAAGACCACCUGAAGACGGAGGUGGAGCUGGCGCAGGAGAAGCACAUCCUGAAUGAGAUGCUGGAGGUGGUGGAGCAGAGAGACUCGCUGGUAGCCCUCCUGGAGGAGCAGAGGCUCAGGGAGAAGGAGGAGGAUAAGGACCUGGAGUCGGUCAUGCUCUCAAAGGGUUUCAACCUCAACUGGUCCUGAAACUAGACGCACCAUCCACCCCCACUCAGAUAAUACACUACCCCUCCCGUGUCAGGGCUCAGUGAAGGCCUAAAUCACGGUUCCAUGCUUGGUCCCAGAUUCCUCAGCAGAGAAUGUGUACAUAACGGAGUUGUCCUUUCACGGCCCUUCUGUUGGCGAAUGUGCGCAGAGUUGUCCUAUCAUGGCUCCGCUGUUGGAGCAGUCUAAAAUGUUUACAUAUCUACUCUGCCACCAGGCAGGCAUCAUUACCUAGUGAUAUCUCACCUCACGGUGGGGGGAGCAACUACAGCCUGGACUUUCUCAGAACCUCAGAAGUUCUUUCGACGUGGUUCUCCAGAACGGGGAACUUACCUCCUCUAGGAAGAAUGUUUUUUAUUUUUUAUUUCUUUUAAUCUCGAUCACACAAAGGGAAGAAAGAGGUUUGGUCCUGCUGAUGUAAAGGAAUUCAAUAUAUGAUAACGGUUUCUGUGUAUUGAAUGUGCAUAACACAACACAUUAAAGAAGCUGUGGUUUUAGAUGAGGGUAGGCCCUUGAUCUAUCGACUGUUACAGGGUUUCUGUAGAAAGGGGAGGAGUGGACCGAAGCCUCUGGUCUCUCUCAUCCUAACCUAAUGACAUCCUCUGCCAUUGUGAAUGCUGACUGAGGGAGGGACAUCCUCUGCAUUAGCUGGCUUUCUCUCCAAUUACACAGUGGCUUCCAUGUUCUGAGGAGCCAAUGAGGAUCACACUCUAAAAGGCCCGUAAUUUUUUUGCACAGAGAUUCACACUAAGAGUCAACGCUAAGGAUCAACGGAAUCUGGUCACUUAGACAUUUUCAAUUGUGUAUUUAUUAGUGUUGUUUUUACAAAGAACCUGAAUUAACUGUUUUUGGUAUUUUCGGUCAUGGAAGAGAGUGCCUGAACUGGUGGCUCAACAGAAUGCACUUGCGCUCUCUUUAUGACAUUGACAGCAAGGAAGCUAACGGAAAACUCCAUCACCCAGAAGCAAGUGCGUGUCAGGACUGUAUGCUGCUGCAGGCUCAUAUAGAAGCAUAUCAUGUGUUACAAAGUGCACGUUUUGUCAUUGCAGCCGACUUUAAAGGCGAGUCGGGACUGACUGAUCUACAAAUCACCUUGCAUCAUAAAUAACUACUCAAUAUUAUUUGUAGCUCAGUCAGUCACUAUUUACCCAUGAUACAUCACGGUUUUGAUGCUCUAACCUGUAGCAUAGAUUAAUUGACACAUGAACACUUCAGCAAGCAACCCACUUGACACAUCUCUUAGGCUCCUAGUUCUGAGUGAUAAUGUGUCCUUCUCCAUACGAUGCCUUUCCCUGUAUAUCACAUAAAUGUCCAUUUAUAUAAUCAUUUUCCCUUAUUCAAUACUAAUUGGCAUAUACUGUACCGUGAAAUAUCCUCAGUGUAGAUGAAAUGUUAAAAAGAGAAAGACAUAGCAGUCGAGUUAAUUUGAUCUCAGAAGAGGCAGUGUCUUAUUGGACUUCCACAGUAGAUCAGUGCAUCGUGUUAUCAUCAUAAUACCAGAAGUGAACUGACACAUCACUAACUGGUGUCACAGUACAGUUGUGUCAGUGAAUAUUUUGCAAUAUCAAAGGGGAUAAACCACAGAACUCAAACACAGCCUCUGGCUUCGCUAUCCCUGGGGCUGAGGUAUAUGACCUGCUUUGGAGCAAAAUGCCUUUUUAAUUUGUUUUAAUAUUUUACAGUUUUCUUUUGAGUUUCAAACUUGUAUGUAUCCCACCAGGGUACAUAUAACUUUUUUGUUAAUCCUUUUUAUACAACUACAGGUGGCCAAACAGCAGUCAUGAGUAGAAGUGGAGACACGAAGCUGCUCUAUUGUUCGAAGUAAACCGCUUCUAUUCAGUCACAGGAGCAUGUACAUUUGUUUGUCAUACGAACCUACUGGCCUUUCUGCCAAACUGUAACCCUUUGGUUGGUCACCGUUUUUUUUUUUGCUGUAUAGAGUUACACACAGUGAGAAUAUGUGUAAGAAUUAAACGGAGCUGUGAAUACAAAAAAAGUUACAUUUCAAGGCUUGGUGUUUUAGAUGGCGUGUGAUACGUUUGACAGAUUGUAUUGAUAUUUAUUAACAUGUGUGCAAAAAUGUAUCAUAUGUAAAGAAAAAUGAAUCCUAAUUUUUAAAACACAUGGCAGAUAUGUAAAUGCUUAUUCAUGUAGCUAAAAUGCAUAGAGUGUUGGAUGUAUGCUGAAACGGCAAUAAAACCAUGCAGUUAUUUUAAAAA